AUUUUGGGAACCUUAAAGUGCUCACCUAGCGGUAGAAAACUGAAACUAUUGUAACUGAAGACUGCAGAUGAAUUUAUGAAGCGCGCAAUACCGCCAUGCAGAGAGGGAGAUGAAGAAAGCCGGCUAGCUAUUUAAAACGCUGAAAUUACUGAUGGUAUUUCAUACAUAAUUGUUAUAACGGACAGUAGUUGGAUUGAAAGAUUGUAUAGAACAAAUUAUAAUGCACUUUCUGGUGGUGGUACAAUUGGCUUUCUCUGCGGCAACUGCUGGAAUUUUAACCCAUGCUGUCUGCGUUUGGCCAAUCUCGAUGUUGCAUAGAGUGUUUUACCUUACCAGAUGGCAUCAGCAGAUUUUACAAUUAAGAAGAAGAAAAUAUGAAAGAAAAAAGUAACGUUUGGGGCAUUACAUACUUCAGUGAUCAGACAAAGAGCCACGUACUCCAGUACCACCACACCCAAACGAAGGGGCGUAGGACGCAAAGGGAAGCUGUAUCGAUUAGAGGCUCUGCUGGGUAACUAGCACCAGUUUCCAUCGGCUUUCCACACUCCUCCAAUCUCGAAGCUGGCGAAUUUUAUACCAUGUGUUCCAUCGACCACACACCAGAGGUCUGCUAUUUGGUCGAGGCACUAUGCGCCGCCGCUGUUAUGCAAACAUUAAAAAACCAACCUCACCUCUUCAAAAACACUGGUUUAAAUGAAUACAGACCAGGUACACUCGACCGCCACGUAGAUAUACCACCCUUUAGCUAUGGAAAAGAGCGCCGGUGAAUGUAUCACCGUUCGCUUUCAACUUUCAGAGAAUUAAAGGGAAAUUUAACGUAGACGUGAGGCUAUAUGGCGCGAGAUUAUGUAAUGGUAAUAUGAGGUGAUAUGACGCGAGACUGCACUGAGGGUGCAUAUUGUAUUAUAAUAGAUCGUAAGAUUUUACAAGGUAGAAAUGUGGAACGCGUGGGGUGAUAUAACAAAAGUUCCAUUGUAUGGUUGUAUAAUGCGAGAGUAGUUGAAAUUCAUUUUUUUAGUUUAUCUUGUAACCUAGAGUGGAAGACUAUAUAACGCGAGGAUGUGUGAGUUGUAAUAUAUCGCAAGGUUAAUUAUGAGGAUACUAUAUUAUAACUAGAGCGAUAUAACGAAAGGAUAUAUAAUGGUAAUAUAACACGAGGAUAUACAACACAUGUAACAUAUCACUAGGUUAUAUAACGCAAGACUAUAAUAAUGCGUAGAGUGAUAUAACGGAAGGCUACAUAACGCAGGGUUGUGUGCAGAGCUGAUAUAACACGAGAAUUUACAAUGCGUUGUAAUAUAUUGCAAAGAGGUACAGUGCAGUACUAUGUGACGACGAGGAUACAAUGUAAGACUCUACAAAAUAAGAUUGAUAAUACAUGGCGAUAUAACGCGUAGAUUUACAAUGCAUCGUGAUGUAGUUCCAGGCAGUAUAGUGAAUGGUGAUAUAACGUGUGGUGAUAUAUCGUGUGGUGAUAUAAUGUAUGGUGAUAUAACGCGUAGUAAUACAACGCGUAAGUAUACAACGCAUGGCCAUAUAGUACG